AAACGCGACGAGGAAAAUGAUUCAGUUGUGCGGUGCAUUUCCACCAGUUGACAUCCCAGCAGCAGAACUCCGGAACUGGGAAAAGGAUCUAAGUGUUUUGUGGUUGUGGUAGAGAAGUGCAGUGAAAGUGAUUUUACAUGGUGAAGUGGAAGUUCGCCAACGGCACAACACGUCACAACUGUACCGGUCGUCGGCAGCAGGAACAGCGCCAGCAGUGAAAAUGAAACCCAGCCCUGGCCAAGCCGGUGGAGGCCGCUGCCCCCAGAGGCUGCUGUUGCUUCCGCCGGUCGCGCUCCUGCUCGGCGGCAUCCUGGCGACCACCGUUGGCGGCGUUCCGACUUCGGUGCUCGCCAGCGCGAAGGAUUCCAGCAAUGCUGCUAACCAUGACGACGGCGGUGGCGGAGGUUCCGACGCGGCCCAUCAGCAGUCCGUGACGGCCGAUCCGCUCGAUGCCCGGAAUCAUCAAAUAUCCGUUCCCCAGAAGCGUGGAGUGAACCCCUUGCUGUACAACGAUUUGGACUAUUCCGGCAAUUCUAUUCCCCACGGCGGUCAGUGGGACGACGAGGGACUCUUCGACCAGGGACCCCUGUCGGCGGCUGCCCUCUACCCAACCCUCGGGGCUGGCCACCCGUCCGACGGAGCAGCCAGCGUCGGACGGCUGAGGAAUUACGACCUGCUGGCAAGUUUGCUCGGUCCGCCGCCGCAACCACCCGUGCAGACCUUCUACGACGGACCGGUUACGCCGUCCGUUAGCUUCCCGUACGGAUACGGGUACGGACUGGAUCGGAACAAGCGAAUGGCCAACUUUGGCCAUGGCAAGAACCAGCGCCAGCGGUCGCUGAGCGCAUCCCGGUUGAAGCGCAGCCCGGGAAAACUGUCGGCGGCCGACGCCCUCUCGCUGCUCGCCAUCCUGGACUCCCGCGAUCCGUACUCGGCCGCCGCCGGAGGUCCCCUGUCCGAGUACGGUCCCAACGACGUGCUGCCCUACUCACCGAGUUCUUCGAUGGCGAUGGCGAACCAGGCCACCCAGGACAUUCCCCUCUCGUUGGCCCUGGCCCAACUGCUGGCCGAACGGAACAGUCUUGGUGGCGGCGGCGGCGGAGGACCCCUACUGUCCCCGUAUGGUGACCUCGGGAAUGGCGACGACGACGGCGGUGACGGCCAGUGGAUGAACUCGUGGACCGAACCCGGCGUAGACUACAUGGGCUUCCCGAUGGACGUCGGAGCGGGGCGAUUGAACGGGGGCUACGGCAUUGGAAAGCCGUCCAAGAUUGGUUUCACUCCCCAAAAGCGAUUCAUGGUUUCAGAGCGAAAACGCAGCGUGGGUAGCCAGCAGGAGGACAACGACACUGAUGAACACCACGAGAAGCAGGACGUCGACUGCAAAAGCGACCAGAAGGGCUGUCUGUUGCGAAAGUACGGCCAACUUGCCGGCUCCCGGCCCAAAGUGGAGGCCUCGGCCUAGGACGGAACACGACCCCAGCACCGCACACCCGGACAACCGACAUUGCGACCCGAUUUUACUAGAUGUCUAGAUAAGGAAAAUAAACACAACAUGUUAAGUAGCAAACUGUGCAAAAUCGUCACGGAGGAGGUGGAGGAGAGACAAUCGGCAGGACGGCUAGAAGCUGAACCUCACCCCAGAUGGCUCCAGGCGACUAGAACGGGACACUUGGCAACCAACGGCUACCGACCAAACGGAUCAAUCGGAACUGAAAACUGGAACAUGAAUUUAUCAAUAUCAUUAUUAUUGUGAAAGAUUGAAUAGCUAAAAUAUUUCUCCGUAUUUUCGUUAGAGCAUAUGACUCAAACAAAAAAGAGAUAAUUGGGAAUGGAAUAAAAACAUUACAUUGUCGAAAUAAAAUGAAAUUUAAUCAUUAAUUACUCAAGCAUAACAUACUUAAUCAAAUUCGAAUACAGAUAUCUUCUUGUUUAAAUGUUGUUCAGAAUUAAUCAAAUUACGGCUACCAUUGCGAAUAAUCGAAAUAUCAGACAUUUUAUUGCAUAGGAGAGAACAAUCUCUUAUGAUCGGGGCUCUAUUUAAAGGAAUAAGUGUAAGAUGGCUAUUAGUAGUUAAAUAUAAACAUCACAAUGCCAAAUGCUAUAAAUUACGGUUCAGAGGUAAAAAAGUUUUAGUGCUAGGAUCAAACAAAAAAAAACACAUUCUAUAUAUCCUUAAAUGAAAUUUCAAAGAAAAAGUAAAAAAAUAAAUAUUUAUCACACUGAUCGUUCAAAAUCCACAAUAAAAAUUAUUAAACCAGACGGUGUUACUUUGCACAUCAUGAAAACAACAAAAAACAACGCCUAAAAGUUGCAGUAAGGAUAACAAAGUCGCGAGCGUUUACUUUUCACAAAUCAAACAACGUUAUCCCUAAGUUCAAACUACAAAACAUCGUUAUGCC